GUAUUUUGUGGUCAUAGAGCUGAGGGGGAAAAUGACACAACUACUGAAAUUUUAGACUUUGCUCAAGGUGGAAGAAAGGGUUAUACUGUUUCAGCAGCAACAUUGUUCGUCCGUGAAAAGAUAGAGAAGCCUGGCGUGUCUUCCCAGAGAAGAUCUUGGCCACUGUGGAUGAUGGUCUUUAUUUUUCUUGGUGUGGUGGCAAUCUUGGGAGUAACUAUUGGACUUCUUGUUCAUUUUCUGGCAAUUGGGAAGAUUUACUAUUAUCAAGGUGAUUUUUAUAUUUCUGGAAUCACAUACAAUGAUAAUUGUGAAAAUAAAACUUCACAAGCCAGCACAAACCUAAGCAAAGAUAUUGAGACAAAGAUGUUAAAUGCAUUUCACAAUUCCAAUAUAUAUAAGGAAUAUGUCAACUCUGAGGUCAUCAAACUUAUACCUUAUGCCAAUGGUUCGAGUGUACAGUUACAGCUGACAUUCAAGUUUCCUCCGGCAAAGAGAGACAGCAAGAGAACUGAAAUCAAGGCUAUCUUACAUCAGAUGUUGAAAGACAACGUGGCAUCCUGGAAUGCAGUUCCUGCUUCCAUUAAACUUAUGGAGAUCAGCAAGACUAAGUCUGAAAUGCUUACCAACAACUGUUGUGGGAGACGACUAGACAACAGUAUCAUCGCUGGCAACAAGAUUGUGAAUGGACAAAAUGCCCUGGAGGGGGCAUGGCCAUGGCAGGCCAGUAUGCAGUGGAAAGGCCAGCACUACUGUGGAGCCUCUUUGAUCAGCAGCAGGUGGCUACUAUCCGCAGCUCACUGCUUUGCUGCGAAAAGUAAUUCGAAAGAUUGGACUGUCAACUUUGGAACUGUGGUAAAUAAACCGUAUAUGACAAGGAAAGUUCAAAACAUCAUUUUUCAUGAAAAUUACAGCAGUCGUGAAGGGCAUGAUGACAUUGCCCUUGUACGGCUUACAGAGGAAGUUUCUUUUACAAAAUACGUCCGUAAGAUUUGUCUUCCUGAUGCCAAAAUGAAGCUCUCACAAAAUGACAGUGUUGUUGUUACAGGAUGGGGAAGACUUCAUACGAAUGGUCCCCUUCCAGUGAUACUCCAACAAGCUUUUUUGAAGAUUAUUGACAACAAAAUCUGCAACGCCCCAUAUGCAUUUUCUGGCUUUGUGACUGAUACAAUGUUAUGUGCUGGGUUCAUGUCGGGAGAAGCAGAUGCGUGUCAGAAUGAUUCUGGAGGACCUUUAGCUUACCCUGAUUCCAGAAAUAUUUGGCACCUUGUUGGAAUAGUAAGCUGGGGUGAAGGAUGUGGCAAAAAGAAUAAGCCAGGUGUCUAUACCCGAGUGACUUCCUUCCGCGAUUGGAUUACAACCAAGACUGGGCUAUGA